UUAAAAUGAGGAGCUUUAAACCCCUUUCGUGUAAUGAAAAGACUAUCUUGUGUGACAGUCUUGGACUCGUUUGUGUUGCAGAACAAUCUGAUAUUACUGGAGUGUUUUUAGGACCUCCGUCGUGUACACAUAUGAUUAAAGGUGACGGAAAUUGUCUGUUUAGGGCUUUGUCUUAAUCUUUGUGUGGAGAUGAGGAGUAUCAUGGGUAUAUAAGAAAUGUUAUUGUAUCUUACUUGUCCUUUGACAAACAUGGAAAAAACAUUGUACCGUAUGGAAAUUACUUGCAAGAUUCAAAAAUGCAGGAAAAUCAAGUGUGGGGAACAGACACGGAGAUUUUAGCUGCUGCAAGAUUUUUAUGUCUACACAAAAUAUGGCAAUAAUUAUGACUGGGUCAUCUUCAACCCGGCCAACGGAGAACUAAGGUUGACGGUGCGAUUUAUCUUCACCACAAGGAUGAAUGUCAUUAUGACGUGGUUACAUCCGUUUGUACCGGAAACAAUGAAGAGAGCAGUCAAGCCAGGCAAGGAGACAACAGUGGAUUCACAAAAGAGACUGGCGAUGUAUUAACCAGAGCUGGUACCCAUAAUGAACAUAGAAUUGAAGAAAGCGAUAUUUUAGCCUUUACUCCAGACAUCACAGAAUUUCACUCACCACUUUCCACAUCCACUCCACGAAAACCACUGAUCGAUGGAACAAAUAGAAAUGUAAAGGAACCAUCUUAUGUUGAGAACGAGUAUGAAACAUCAGAUCGAGAUGUCAGCAUUAACAACUCUAGUUUUGAAGAUGCUCUGAAUAAUUUCAAAUUACCAGCACCUACCCUAAGAAGAAAAAAAUCAGUCUUACACUCCAAGGCACUCCAAACAACAAAAAAAGUUGUAACAUUCAGUUGUUCAAAACAAUGCACGAAGCGUGUGACAGAAGAUGAUAUUUCAAGAAUGAGGAAUAAAUUUUGGACAAAACCUUUUGAAAAUAGAGUAGAAUGGUUCAUGGACAAAGUGGUUGAAAGUGUAGACAGUUCAGGCAGAGUGAAGUGGUUGUCUUUCGUGAUUGAGGGAGGAAAGAAGGUGUGCGGUACUUGUUUUCGCAAAUUAUACAGAAUAGAUAAGAACUUUUAUUAUAAGUAUCUCAAGAAGGCUCAACAGGGUAAACAGUCUGCCAGUGUAAGAUAUACCAGAUCAUAUUCUGAAUCAAGGAAUCUGGCCGACACAUGGUUAGACUGUUAUGCCUUUUAUCAUGCAGACAGAAUGCCUGAUACUGGGGUCUUAAUGCUGCCAUACCGGACACGGAAAAUUGACAUAUAUAACUUGUACAAGAAUGAGAUGACCGAUCAGUUUAAAUAUCCUGUCAGCAAGUCUCUAUUCUAUAACAUAUGGAAUAGGAAGAAAAAUCUCAAAAUCAAACAGACCAAUUCGUUUUCGAAAUGUAACACAUGCGUUCAUCUGGAGAGGGAGCUGGAAAAAACAAGAGACCCAGAAUCAAGAACCAAGUUAAAAAGUAUGGUUGCUGUUCACAAUGAAAGACAAAUGAAUGAAAGGCGGUAUUACUAUGAGAAGAAAGACAAGGCAAAGGACUAUCCUAGACGUUUUUUGAGUCUCAUUGUUGAUGGAAUGGACCAGUCUAAAACUAAUCUGCCACAUUUUACGGGCAGACUGCUAAAGGGUGUAGAUCCAAACAGCUUUUUGAAGACUCAUGUACAGGGGAUUCUAAACCAUGGUUGCAGUACUUUUAAAUGCUAUGUCGACAUAAAUGAAUACAGCCAUGAUUCCAAUCUUGUGAUGAACACUCUACUGCGUGCCAUUCAUGACUCGCAAUCAAAGCUUGGAACUUUACCAGAGGUGUUGUUUCUUCAGGCCGAUAAUUGUGGAAGAGAGAACAAGAACAAAUACGUGAUGUCUUUUUGUGAAUUACUUGUACGUCUACAUGUAUUUAGUGAGAUUCAUCUUUCUUUCCUACCGGUUGGCCACACACAUGAAGAUAUUGAUGCCAAAUUCUCUUAUCUUGCGGACCUCCUUCGAAGAAAUGACACUGAGACCCUACCCGCUUUGCUACAUGUGCUGCCAAAUACAAUACAAACGAGAGGAUUAUUUGACAUAAAGCAGUGGUUGGAACCAUGUAUUAACAAAGUUACAAAUCAUUCUAAACCUCUUCAUUUCAAAUUUUGUAAAAUGGCAGACAGCAAAGUUUCAUUUCAGUUCAAGUCCUCUAGUCCAAAAGAUUGGACAUUAUCGGAGAUUACGCUAUUGGAUGACAUUCCAAAUGGAACUCCAGACAUACUAAUUCCUCCACACUUCGGCAAAAUUAUAACCCAUUCACUCACAGAUAACAUCCUAAAACACAAAUACAAUAUGGAAGAUCGUCAGUUUUGGUGGUGGCAGCGAUUCAUAGCCGAAAUAGAAAAGAUUUCAACAAACGACACAAAAUUACAAGAGUAUGCAGCGCAUGAAGCAGUGUGGCUAUUACCAUACUUGAACACUGUUGCUGAAGGCAGUCCUGCCAAAGAAAUAAAACUAAAGCCUCAUCUGACAGAAAUGCUGGAUAAGGAGUUAGAAGACCACCAGGUGUUUGUGAAAGCGAAGAAAGUUAAACAGAAACAAAAAUAGAAGACAUGCAGACAGACCAACGAAAAUGAAAGGAUUCUUUAAUUGUUAUAUACCAAAAUACUAAAUUGAUGAGAUUAUGUCUGCAUUUAGUGCGAUGUUUCUGUUUUCGUGUAAAAAAAACAAAGGAUAAUAGACGCGGCUGUUAGUGAAAUGUAAAAGAAAUGAUCAACAUUCAGAAUACAUUUGAUGUCAAAUUAUACAACGAAUGUGAUGAUAAUUUAGAAAGUGUCAAAAACGUGUCCGAUUUUUUGUGUAAGUAGUGGCAGCUGAUAUGCAUAUGGUAUAAUAUAUUUGACUUUCUUGAUGUGCAAUAUUUGAGAUUCAAAUAUAAUUGCAGUGAUUUAACUGUAUUUUUCAAGUCUGCUUUACACAUGAUAAGGAAGAAAUCAGCACAACUAGUAAAUUGCUAAGGAAGAUGUGAUGUAGUCGCAAUAACAUAUAGCUUUUGUCGAAACAUUGCCAACAUUUUUCUUGACAUAAAGUGACCUUUUUAAAGUUGCAACAUGAUAUUUCAUAUCUUCAUAUUUACAGUCGCCAUACCAUGAUAUAAUUUUUUUUAUUAAAAGUCAUAAUUAUGUGAUUUUGAUAAAGCACUAUGUCAUAUUUUGUAUAAAAUCGCUAUCAUAUAGUUUUUGUUUUAAAUUCACCAUGUUCAAACUGUUCAAAAGUCUCAGAAAUAAAGUUUUUGUUUUAAAGUUGCCAUGAUACAUAAUUUCAUGUAAGAUUGUUUAUUUUUGUUGUAAAGUCACAAUGAUAGUUUUUCAUCUUUAGUCGCUAUAAUAAAGUUUGUGUUGUAAAGUCUACGUAGUAUGUAAUUCAAUCUAUAGUCACCAUAAUGUUGUAAAUGGCAUCAUAUAUUUUUUUUGUCCCAGUGUAGCCAGGAAAAUCACCAGCUGUUAAGUGAAAAAUUGUUUAAUCCAUAUUGCCUUAACAUUCUUGUACGUUGGACGACAUUAGGUUCUAAAUAAUAUGUUGGUAUUUUUCACCUUUCAUUUUCAUCUAAAACACAAAGGUUCUACAAUUUUAAAUGUCAUAUUAGGCCAUGAAAAGACGC